AUGUACUCUCUGUCCUGGCGGGCUAGUUAAUUUUCACCUAGAUUUAGUAUGGGACGACAGCGUGUUACUGAGUAGAUGGACUUACUUAACUCGUAUAUAAACUGUGUAAAUAUUGUUCAAACUUAUUUGGAUUCCUUUGACACUAGACUAGAUUCCUUGAAGGAUAAUUGUGUUUUUGCUAAUCCUGUAAAUAUUAUAUGUGAUCAAGUACAGUCUGGCAUUAUAAUUUCCGUUGUUCAAAACCAUCCUUCUAAUCAAAGCGCCCUUUUUAUUUUUUCUCGGAAGAAAAAUUUCGUUGAUAAUCAGUAUGAUAUAUCUGAAUUGACUGAUUUGAUUCCUGUGGAUGAAAAUUUCUCUUGUGAAGAUACAGAUUCUACUGGUCAACUUCAAGUUUCUGGAAAACGGGUAGUUGAUAUUUCUUCGCAUACAGAACCUGCGAACCAACAGCUUAAACUUUAUGUUAUAUCAAAUAGUGUAAAUAAACCACUUAAUUCUAAAGUAAACACAAGUGAUAUCGAUUCAGAUGAAGAAAGUAAUCCAGGUCACCCAGUAUUCUUGAAGAGUUUGAAGGAUACCUCAGGGAAAGCAACCGACAAGAGUUCGAUUCGUCUUUCCCCUGUUAGUUUUACGUUGGAAUUUGAUAAGGCUAGUACUGCUUCCAAAUUUCGAGAAACAGCUCUCCAUCUCUCUUCAGAGUAUUCAAUGAAAAUAUCUGAGUCCGUGAACCGUUGUAUUACUGGAGAUCGAAUAUCUUAUGAAGUAGGUAAAGAAGCUUUAAAUACUCUUAAUCCAACUCCUUCUGAACGAUUACUUUGGUUACAAAAUUAUUGGAAACAUGUUGAACAUUCGUCAUCGAUUUUUAAUACUUCAUCACCAUGUUUAACCCAAACUGAUGUGAAUAUGAUGCCUGUUGGAGUCAAUGGUGAAAGUACGCAUCAUUAUUUAGGUGUAUCACACUCUCCACCUAAUUUAUCAUCAGAUGUAUCCAGUAUUAGUGAAACUCAUAAUAAUCUGCAUAGUAGUUGUUCAAGUAUUGGUUCAUUAAAUAACAUCAAUGUGAAACAGCCACAGUCAUACGAAACUGAGAAGUCUACUAAUAAUAUUCAUAAUAAUUCUAGUUUAAGCAAUAGUAAGCAGAAAACAGCUACAAAACAUUCAUCCAAGCUACAUCAUUCUAAAUCAUCCAUAUCAUUACAUUCAUCUAAAUUAUCUCAUCCACUUGAUGACAGGUCUACUUCUGUUAAUCAUCAUCAAUGCAUAGAAUCUGUUGAAAAGAAUUCGAUUAGUUUCUCUAAUAACCCUUCACAUUGUACAAUAGCAACAGCUCACAGUUGUACGGAUCUCACUUUCUCUCCCAUUCCUUAUGAUGAUCAGUCUGAUAAAAGUGAAAAGUAUCUGGAGCCAAGAAUUUUUCGUGCUCGUUUUAAUCAAGCUGGUAAUUUAAUUCAAAAAAAGUUAACUGAACGUAUGAAUGAAUAUUGUAAGAAUGAAAAUAUACGUUUAUAUGUUGGUACAUGGAAUGUGAAUGGUCGCAGUGAUAAUUGUAUGCAAUUAGAUGAUUGGCUUAUGCCUCCUGAUGGCCAACCUCCAGCUGAUAUCUAUGUAUUUGGAUUUCAAGAAAUGGAUUUAAGUCUCAGUGUGAUUACUUUAAACAAAACCAGUUCUUCUGGACCAGAAGAAAAAUGGAUUCAACAAUUGGAAGAAGCUUUAGAUGGUCUAUUGAAACGACCUUCAUCAACAUCUAUAUGGGCGCAUAAAACAGGUGUUGUUAAAUCGUUUCCUGCUAAGUGGUCUCAUUUCACUGGUGGAGGUUAUUUACGCGUGGAACGUGUUCGUUUAGCUGGUAUGAUGAUGAUUGUAUACAUAUCCGCUCGUUUAUCAAGUCACUUACAUCGUGAUGAAAUCUCUUGUCAAGUGGUUCCCACUGGUGUUUUCAACGUUAUGGGUAAUAAAGGCGGAGUUGGUAUUCGAUUGACUAUAUUCAAUUCUUCUUUAUGUUUUGUGAAUUGCCAUUUGGCUGCAGGUGAAGCGAAUCUUGAUCGUCGUAAUCAAGAUUUCAGAGAAAUAGUUCGUAAAAUGAUAUUUGAAUUACCAAUGAAUUCUAAGAAUGUUAUUCAUCCCCCUGAGAGAUCAUUUAUUUUAGACCAUGACAUUAUUUUUGUAUUUGGAGAUCUGAAUUAUCGAAUUGUUGGUUUGGAUUCGGGAUAUGUUCGAAGAAGUAUUUUUGGAAAAGACUUCAAUUCUUUACUCAGAAAUGAUGAACUAUUAAAACAAUUUGAAAAUCGGAAAGCAUUUGAAGGUUUUCAUGAACCUGUGAUCAACUUUGCACCGACCUACAAAUUUGAUAUGAAUUCCAAUAUAUACGAUUCGAGUGAUAAGAAUCGUGUUCCAUCAUAUUGUGAUCGUAUCUUAUGGUCUGGUCAAGGCUGUGAACCAAUUGCAUAUCGUUCACAUCCAGCAUUUGUUUGCAGCGAUCAUAAACCAGUCUCAGGUUAUUUCUCAGUCAGUUUACGUCGUAUUAAACGUGCAGCAUUUCAACGUACCUAUGAAUCUGUACUACUAAGUAUAGAUUUAACAACUAAUUUAUCAUUACCUCAAGCUGAAUUGGAUAGGCAAGAAUUGAAUUUUGAUUUUGUUCACUUUCAUGAAUUAUGCAGUCAAACAUUGACAUUAACAAAUAUUGGAUUAAAUGAUUUUCAGUUUAAAUUUUUACGUGAAGGUGUUGGUGCAUUUCCAUCAUGGCUUACUGUUAGUCCAUCGUGUGAUUGGGUUAAACAAGGCACAUCCAUGAACUUGGAAUUUCAAAUUUUUGUCAAUUAUAAAGAAGUUUAUGCCUUAAACAGUGGAUCAGCUAAAUUAUCUACAAUUGUCGUUUUACAAUUGGAAGAUGGUAAAGAUUAUUUUAUAUCUAUCAUUGGUCAAUUUAUUCCAACGUGUUUUGGUCUACCGCUAUUUGUACUGUUGACAAUGGGAUCAGAUCCUGUGACGAAAAUCCCAAUCGCUGAAUUACAAGAACAAAUAAAACUGGCUCGUUCUGAAAACAAUGAAUAUUUUAGAACUAAACUGUGUAAUCUCUCAGUUCAGAAACCAUUUCAUGUACCAAAAGAAAUAUUUCGACUAGUGAAUCAUAUCAAUGAAUAUAUAACCGAGCCUGAUCUUUUUCGUCAGAUGGGUCCAUCAUCAGAUAUCGCUUUGAUACGUGAUAUAUUGGAUACAACUACGGCGAGUUGCCCUUUUCCUGAAACAAUCUCUGUACAUUCAAUAGCAUCGUGUUUGUUGUUAUUUUUGAAUACAUUACCUGAAUCAGUGAUACCGUCACCAUUUCAAGAAAAGUGUUUAAAUUCACUUGCCAAUUUUGAAUGUGCUGUACAAGCAUUACAAUAUCUUCCCAUCUCUAAUCAGAAUUUAUUUUAUUACUUAAUUAUCUUUAUGCAACGGUGUCUUACUUUCAAAGAACACAAUGGUACAGAUAUUGAUUUAUUGGGUAGGUGAAAAUUGAGAUAUUUUACUAUUCAAGUUGUUGUUUCGUAUUAUUACUACUACUACUACUACUACUACUACUACUUAUAUUCUAGUGUUCUGCUAUUUUAAUAUCACCAUAGUAUGCAGCCUAUUCAUGGACAACAGAUGAAAUAUUCAAAAGGAAUCAAUCAGUUAAUAGUUGUACACUUUUAUAGUGUAGGAUGUUAGCUUCAUUUAUUUGGCGUAAAAUGAAUUCGUUACACCUGUUGAUGACUGAUAAACUUGAUCCAUUAUAAAUCAUUUCCUAUAUUCAUUCAAAGACAUUAAAUUAACUCUUCAUUCAUAUUCACACUACUGUAUAUGACAACCUAAUUGAAUUUGAGAAUAUUAGAUAACACUAUUUUGAUGAUCAACCUUUAUCCGCCUCAUUCAACAACUAUAUGAAGACGCCACAUGCCAAAUAAUUUACAAUGGGAAGCUCAGUGAUGCUUUUGAAGUGAAGACAGGAGUGAAGCAAGGUUGCCUACUAUCCCCCAUGAUAUUCCUGAUUGUGGUUGACUGGAUCAUGCAGCAAACAGUGGGGAGCGAGAAGAGGGGGAUAUGCUGGCUGGACAGGGGAAAAGAACCUAGAAGAUCUGGAUUUCGCCAAUGAUGAGUUGUGCCUGAUGUCACACAAACUUGAAAAUGUACAGGUGAAAACUAACAAGUUGUCAGAAGAGGCAGCGAAGACUGGACUACAAGUGAAUAUAGAGAAGGUAGAGGUGAUGAAGAUACCGCACCAACAACAACAAGCUGCAAUCACCAUCAACGGGAGGAACUUAAAGGAAGUAACCUCCUUCACCUAUCUAGGAAGCACUGUUUCAACUACAGGUGGUAGGACAGAUGAGGAUGUCAAAGUUAAAAUCGGAAAAGCAAGAAAGGCGUUCAUUAGCCUGAAACCAGUGUGGAGAUCUUCUACACUCAGCAUAAAGCAUGGACAACAUCCCGAUUUUCAACACCAACGUCAAGUCAGUGCUUCCAUAUGAUGGUUCAGAGACUUGGUGCGUUACGAUAGGGAUCUCCAAUAAACUACAGACAUUCAUCAACAACUGCUUACGCUCGCUACUGAAGAUCAGAUGGAUUGCCAGAAAGAAUAAGCAACAAGGAACUCUGGCGGGUAACCAGCCAACCAAGAACCUAUCACCCAACAAAUAUGCAGAUGCAGGAAGUGGAGAUGGAAUGGGCAUACACUGAGAAGGCCGAAUGGGUUAUCGCGCGUCAGGCCGGAUACUCUAGUGGAAUCCCCAUGGGAAGCGACGAGUUGGGCGUCCGAGGCGAGGGUGACAUGGAGGAGAUGGUGCGAGGAGGAAAUGAGAGCUUGUGGGCUAUCGUGGAGCCAGGUUCAAAAGAUUUCAGAGAACAGAGCUCACUGGAGACGUGCUACUGAAGUCCUAUGUUCCAUUAGGAACCCAAGAGACUAAUAAUAAUGAUAAAUGAUAAUUUUGAUGAUCAAUUAAGGUUUUUAAAAAAUGCUAACAUGAUUACUGUUGAGUUAAGAUUCUCUUUCUUUUGAAGAGUUAUGAAUUCCUACAUCUAAGAAUUCGUAGAAUAACAACACUUCUUGGAAUUUCAAUACUUUUUGGAUGUAAUGGUUAUCACUUGUAAAUAGUAGAUGAUGAUAUGAGUAUUUAGAUUAUGACUUUUAGAAAUGCAUCUAAAGCAGCUCUAGUCAUACAGACGAAGUAGAGAUAAGAGUCAAUGAGAUCCUAUGAUGCGUUGAACAUAUAUAUUCAAUAGAUAUACUUUAAAUCAAUAAAGUUUUAUUGAAAAUGGAAUUAUUCACUUAGUUAUCUAUUUUUAUAUUUGGAGAGAAUUGUUGAAUUGCAUUAAUGAUAUUUUACUAUGGAGUGUUUAAGACUUUUUAUAGUUCAAGUAAAAUCUUUUCUGAUUGGAUACAUACUACUUAUUCUGCAAAGCUUUGUUAAUACUUCUCUAUAUGAAUACAUAUAUGCAUUAUAUACAGUCGUGUAAUCUGUAUAACACUAUCACAUUUGCCGAUACCUCAUUAAAGGCAACCUCUGACCAAAAUCGAUCGAGACAUCUAAUGACAGUUUCUUUCUCCAAUUUUUCAUUUUAAGUUACUUUCAUAAAUAAUGCAAAUGUGAUUUGUCGGUUUUACAUUGUGACAAUUAAAUCAGAUUAAAUUGAAGGACUUUUCUUCUUUUCUCCGAACCUACUUUUUUUUGUGUGUGUAACUCAAUAACUAUAAAGGUGUGUUAUCAUCAAUAUGAACAAUGGACUACGCAUUACUGCGUAACGGUCCAUUUUGCCAUAUCUUAUGUCAACACCUCAAGUAACAACGAAAGAGAAAAAGGAAGAAUAAGACAAUGCUUAAUUCAGUAUAACGAUUAAUUUUGAAGAUAACGUGAGGAUACAUCUGCGUCAAUAACAUCGAUUCUGAGCCAUACCACCUAAAGUUCACAACCGCUGGUUUCUCCUUUUAUAUGAGACUCCAGCCGACUAUUUUGCAUUUCUUUACAUGGCUCAGAUAAAUAGUCAAAAACUUCAUACAGUGAUGUCAUGUUUCAGUCUGUCCUCCUCGAGCUUUUUUCCA